AAACUCAAUUACAAGAAGCAGAAGUAAACUAUCAACAAAUUAAAAAAGAACUAUUCGAAAAACAAAAUAAUUUAAUUUUCCUACAAGAACAAGGGCAAUCAGUUAGUGAGGAAUUAAAAUUAUUAGGGCAAAAAAUAACUGAAUUAAGGCAAGAUUUAGUCCAAUCGGAGAAAAAUAAAAACAAUCUUAAAAAGCAACUAAUCCAAGCUGAGGCUUGUUGUGAAAAACCAACUAAAAUAGAUAAAGGUAAGGAGAAAGAGGUUAUAGUUAUAGUUGAUAAUUCUCUGCCAGAGCAAGAAGUUAGUUCAGAACAGAGCAUGGAGGACAAAACGACCCAAUUUUUACAUAAUAAAGUAUUAGAAAAACCAUUAUUCAACAACGAGGAAUAUGACCACCAAUUUAAAAAGGAGAUGAAAGAGUUAUGA